AUGGAUUCUUGCAUCUCAGCAGUCCCCCAAAUCUCUAUUUCUCCCGCCCCCCCAUCCGGUCCAUUGUUCGAACCCUUUUCGCCUUUUGACUCCCAGCCCUCGUCUCCAGCUCUCUUCCAGGAUAGUUACAGGCCGGCUCUCCUCAGUCCCCCUCCUACUAUUUCCCCCCGCCUUGUCAGACAGUCCUCGCCUUUGCGACCGGUUGAUGUCAACGCGAAGGGCCUGGACUCGGACCGCUUCGAGGCGCUGUUGGCCUCCACGAGAGAGAGAAACGCUGCUUCGGGCGGCAAGAAAGCACUGGACCUCCGCAAGGAGAUUGCGUUGAAAGCGCACAAGAGCAAGCAAAUGGAGCGUCGUGCCCUCUUCUUGUCUAAGGUGCAGGCUCCCCCCUCACCGACUGCCACGUCUACUCCCAAGACUCCUCCGGAGUCGCCGGCCAUCUUCCACUACUCCUUGCCGUCCCCAGGUCUUGUUUCGCCUCUCGCGCUCUUCGAGGCCAUUGGGCAGCAGGAAAGCAUUACGGGCAACAUCUAUUCGACCAUCCAACCCUGGGUUGAACAAGUCGAUUUCAGGCUGCCAGCAGAAAAGAAGGCGUCCAGCGUGUCCAAGUCUCCUGCUCCCCAGAGUAACAGCAGAAGCCUUAAACCCUUGCCGUCUUUAGAUCAGAUCACUGCUCGUCUGGGCAACCAUGGCCACGUCAAAGAAGAUAAAGUACGCCACCGAUCCCCGAUCCCCCUCCCCGCCUUCCUGCGCUCUGGCUCGCCUCCUCGUAAGGCAAGCCCUGAGCCCACGCCCAUUCCUCAACCGCGUCUCGUGUUCCCUAUCGGCAACAGGCAAAAGGCCUUGGCUGCCGUCGCUCAGCCUGUGCCCGAGCCGCACAAACUCCAUGCACUGACACCUAGCCUUCCCCCGACCUCCCCGCGCUCACCCUUUGCGCCCAAGUUGCAGGUGACGACUACCGUUGUCCCUCGCAGCUGCUCGACCUCGCCUACGAACCUGACCGAAUCCAACCUUUCUGCGUUGAAUUCGCGUGCACGCACGGGCCGAGACAUGAUGUCAACGCUCCGCCGCCGCAUGGCCACGGAUGUGUCGGCGCAUGGCAUGACCGGGUACGACGAAGAAAUGGACGAGCGCAAGUUGAGGAGGAUUAGCGCUCCCGCUGAGCUCCCUUGCCGUGCUCGUCUCGGCUUUGAGCAUCCGGUACUCAGUAUUCCAGGCGGAUUCUAG